AUAAAUCUCAUAUGAAAUGGAAACUAAGAUCCUAUAUAUGCUAUGCCGUUAUAUAUCCAUAUCGAUGAUGAACGCAUGGCAAGAAGUUAAUUUUGUAGGUGCGAUCAAGUUAUAUGUCUUUCGUUCAUCUCUAAAUGUUUGUAUCUUGUCACUAACGGUACUACUAGACCUAUACACAGGAAUAGUUUCAGGCUGUUUGAACUACUAGCUUUAGACACAAAAAUAGUUUCAGUCGGUUUAAAACACUCGACUGAGACACAGGAAUAGUAUCAGGCUGUUUGAAAAUCUAGGCUAAGAAAAAGAAAUAGUAUCAGGCUGUUUGAACCACUCGACUUAGACACAGGAGUAGUAUCAGGCUGUUUGAACUGCUAGCCUUACUUGCUGGCUAUUCACUGUUGAGUUAAGCAUCAUGGGUGACUUUGAUAUGUGGAGCGGGAGUGGACCACCACUACCUAGCCGUACAGAUCUGCAUCACUCAUCAGACCACUUGUACCUUCAGGAGGACGAUGAGAUGGAGACGUACGAGGAUUUUUCAGAGGGAGAGAUGUUUCACAAAUUCUUCAAGAUAAAUGAAAAGCCAGAGGAAGAAGGAACAGAUUCAGGGGUUUAUGCUUCAGAAGACGUUUGUAAAUCAAAAUUAUUGGGUGAUCAGGACCUGAGCAAUAUCAUUAGAUGUAUCAACACAGCCGAAACCAAAACGGCUUCAGGAAUGAUAACGCACGUACAUACACACACCAUCCCUAAAGCUGUGUCAGAAUGUGACGUAGAAACGUUAGCACUGUUACUAGACUGUGACCAUAAAGCAAUAGAAAGCAGGGUCGCGAGAGUCAUGACUGAACUGUUGAUUCAAACAGACAUGAGAACUCAUAACUAUGAGAAACUGCUGUCAAGUUUGAAUGCCCUGUUCCCAGUGCUACAGAAGCGUGCGAUGUGUCCUGAAUCGACGAUUGGUAUACAACCCGUAGUGAUUCUCGUGUUGCUUGUAUUACAUCACCAAUCCCUGAACCAUCCAGACAGGAAGGCUAUAUCAGACUCGACCAGAGACAACCUCCAGAACUACAUAGAUAUCAUGGACACAUUCAGUACGCUUGAUUCCAGUCCAACCGUGUCGAAUCUUCGGCAGUCUUUGAGGAUGAUCCUAACAAGUUUUCAAGAGGUUUUAAAAACAACUAAAAUGAGUCACCUUCAGCUGGGGAACUUUAGCGAGGAACUGCACGAUGGCAGGCACAGGAAACGCUUAUCUAAAGACUUCUUAAAAAUGUCAACGUUGGAGCACUACUCUCUGAUCUUAGGAGUCAUCGUUCAGAUAAGCAAAUUCCCAGGCACUAUGGACACACUAGACUUUUUCUGCACAUGUGUAGUAUCUGUCUUGGAUUUCUACAAAAAGAAGACAAAUGGAGAUAAACACAUUUAUGGCCUACUGCUUCUGACGACAAGGGCGAUAGUCAGUACUCUGGAGAAACGACACAUGAAACAGACCUCCGAUUCAACAAGGUGUAGUUUACAAGAGAAAUUGUGUGAAAUUCUCCAAAUGAUCGUAUGCAGUUCAAAAAUCAAAUCGGAAAUACGACAGGCAUUACAACAGGAAGUGGCGAUUUUGAUGUUUCAUGAAACUGGUACUAUAGUCAAAAAAGUGUCUGAAAUACUCAAAAAGAACACAUCGUUCUCGUUGAAUGAUACAUUGCUGAGAUAUCUUACGAGAACUCUGGAAUCUUUGAGCUUUUCUUCUCAUUCAACAGCAAUAGAGAAUAGUUUUCUAAGAUGGCAAACUCUCCAAGGAACUAUUGUAGGACAUAUCCAUGUAUCAACGCAAGUUUUUCUACCUGCACGAGAGUCACUGUUAAACGGAACAUUCUACAUUGACACUUAUCGUCAAAGUGCAUCAAAAGUUCCACAAACCGCCGAACACUACAAUUCUCUGAAGGUGUUGAAAAAACUGUCGGCCUACGGGCCAAACGAACACGUCCAACGCUUGUUUGCAUUUCAAACAGAACCACUUCCAUUGUUUUACAUGACUGAAACACUACAGGAAACGAAACUUAGUUCCUAUCUUCUGGCACACAGGAAAGAUAGAAAUUGGAUCUCCGACAAAAUGCUUGGACUCAUAAGUCUUGGGGCUGUAAAAGCACUAAGAUUUCUUCACGAUGCUGGUUUGGUUCAUCGAAACAUUGUUGCGGACAGUUUCAGAUGUCGUGAUCAAACCGUUGUCCUCUCGGAGUUCAGUAUUGCGAAGACUUUACCGAGGGAGUCAGACGAACUUGAAGAUCACUCGAUGCAAGUGACGGUUGAUAUUCCCAUUCGUUGGUCCUCCUACGAGUCACUUUGUGAGGAUGAGUUCAGUCACUCCUCGGACGUUUGGAUGUUUGGCCAGUUGUUGUAUGAGAUUUUUACCCACGGAUGUCAUCCCUACACGGACAUAUACGGAUAUGAUCUUGAUGACGUCAUGGACAUAGUUCUGUUCCAUGAUCUUAAACCGAAAUGGUGGCCAUGCAUCCCACUUGCCAUCCACAACGUCAUUGUCGAGUGCGUUCGGGCGUCACCCCCCGAGAGAACGAGUCUACAAAGUGCGCAGGAAGACAUAGAGAGAUGGAUGGAAACGACAAAAAGAAAUACUAGUCACAGUGGAAACAUCACAUUCACUAACAGGGGAAGCUUGUAUCCUGAGCUUAAUCAGCUACAGCAAGACAAACCAGAGCGGGGAACAACGAUGAAGUUGAGGCAGCUGAAAAGUUUAGAUGGAAACGUCAAGGCUUUGUAUUACAAUACUUUGAUGAAGCAGAAGGUUCAAACUAAUACCCUCAAGAUUACAGAGAGCGAUCUCACCGCUCCGGAUCAUCCUGUUAUACGGCAAGAGGGAAUAUACUUACAUAUAGAAGAACCAGUCAGUCAGAAAUUUAUAGAUGGACCACUUGACAGAAUGAAAGCAGACAGCGACUUUGCCACUAAACAGCACAUAGUCAACUUUCCCCCUCAGAAAAAAUCACUAGAAAGCACAGUUAAAAACGGAAUCACUCAUACCCUGCUUUACAGGUGCUUCAAGGGAAAAUGCUUGCUAGACAUUGCCUUAGAAAACCUAUUUGGCGACCCUGCAGACGCAGAGAAUGAGGAGGCGUACGCUAAUAUCAUUAAGGAAGCGGUCUCGUUUGUUUCUGAAAUGCACAAAAAGAAAUGGAUUCUUAGGGACAUCUGCUGCUCAACUCUGUUUAAAUCUAAAGCGAAAGGCAAGGUUUUCAUGCCACGCAUAGGAAGAUUUCUGAAAUGCCGAAGUGCUGUUAGUUGUGUCACGGACACAUGUACAAACACAGAUGAUCGACGGAACUGGAUGCCUGUAGAGGUCCUGCAGCAUAAAGCAUACUCGCCAGCUAGCGAUGUUUACAUGUUAGCAAUGACCGUUUACGAGUUCUAUGCCUCAGCCUCGUUAUCGAAGACAACCCCAAUAGUCAACCGUCUAGAGGCUGUGCCAUUUGCAACGUUGGAUCCAAAAAAGCUCUUGGAUAAUCUACUUAGAGAGGAGAUACCCAAUCAGCCCACAUCUUGUCCGGAGUGGAUAUACAGAUUACUAAAACCUUGCUGGAAUAGAGACCCUACCAGGAGACCCAGUGCCCAAUCUCUUCUGGCAGACGUCGAAGCCAUAAUAUCAACCAUGUCGGAUGACAUUUCUUGUGCGAACACUUCAUUUGGGACAGAUAGUGCUCGAAGUACAUACGCAACGAUAUCGUCAUUACAAAGACCGCAACUUCCACUACGACCCAGGCAACAACAGCAGCAGACACAUAAUUCCCUCUCUCAAUUAUCACCUGAGGGCUCAAAUGACUAUCUCGAGCCUGUUUACAAUGAUUCAGAGUUUUCAGACGAGAGUUCAACACCAGAACCACACAAUGGAAAAAGCAGUUCGAAUACGCCGUUGAUGAUGCAGGAACCAUCAAAAGAUUCAACAAACAGUCACGUUUUCUGUCCUGAAGAAGCAUCACUCGCAUUGGGGGAUGAGGAAUCUAACGCUAUAGAUAAAUGUGGUGCAGCAAAGGCAGAUUCAAAUCAAGACCAAACAACUGUUGCAUCUAGUUCUGAAAAUAGCCAUGCAGUCUCAUUCAAAUAUACAGAAUUCACAAAAUCCACUUUAAAAGUGGACACCUUUGUAACAAAUUCUCACGUAGAUGGUCAUGACAACUGUGUAGGGUCGUCUUCCAUGGAAAAUAGCAAAACAACAGCACACAGAGAGGAUGAUACUCAAAACCAACCCCAUGAUGCACAGAACAGUAACGAAACGGGAAGCAAUGAAGUUUGGGUUUAAACCCUUGUAUUAAAAGAAAUGUAACGCUACAGAGACGAUAUAACGAAUUGUCAAUAUUAUAUUUUUAUAUCAUACAAAAGUAUUUCUAUCACAUUUUAUCAUGUUUAUUCACCCAAAACUGCCUUUUGAUGCCUCUCUCAGGUAUGUAUCUAUGAAUCUAGACAGUUGUUUCUAGUGUUGCACUUCAAAAUAAUUAAAGCUAUUAGCUCAAAAAGCUGAGUAAUAACAAAUUGUAAAAGAUUUAGUUAUGUGAGCCCUUAAAACCUUAAACAAAGGAACAUUGCAGUUUCACCUUCUUAAAGAAAGCUAUCUCUUUGGAACAGUGUGUUGUCUGCUGGAAUCUUAUUCAGGUUUAGAACAGCCAUGGCUGUUUUAUGUGUGCAAUAUAGGAUGUGGACAGAACAUGUAACCUUAGUCCAUUUAUGUAUUUCACCUGUCCAAAAUGUGUAUAAGUAACUGGAAACAGAACUGCAGUCUUAAGAUGGUAAAAAUGUUUUAGAAAUGUUUUAUUGUCCGUGUUCUACUCUCCUGGACACCCAACCAACUAUCCCAGAUACUAUAUGAUAUAAACUUAACAACUUACAAAAUAUUGGCAACUGAGCUAAGCAAAUAAUCCAUAUACAACUUAACAAAUAUAUUUAUAAUUGUUCUGCAUCGGAAAAAGUUAUCAAUUCGUCUGUCCGUCUGUCUUCCCUAUUUCCUUUCCAAAGAUUAUUUCGGAAUCAAAAAGAUAUUUUUUUCCAGACAUUUGACAUGGCAAUACACUGUGAUAUGCUUAUGCGCAAUAGGUUUUAAAUAAAUUCUAAGGUCAAGACCAAAGUCAUUGUUGCUAAAAAUAGACCAGGAAAUGCAUGAUCAUCAUUGAGUAAAAGUAAAAAAACUUCAUUGAAUUACAUGUUUAGCGAAAAAUUAAUAUUUAGAAAAAUUAUCUCACUCAGUAUAUGGAAAUAUAUAUAAAUGCAAAAACAAAAUUUAUAAUAUGAUGAGGGUGGGAAUUUUAUUUUUUGUUUAUUUUAUGAGGUUGGUUUAUUCUAAUAAAAUGACGAAUAUCUUAUCUUGCACCUUCUUAGUUCAUUAAUUCCCGCAAUUUAUCUAUGUGGAAGUAUAUGAUAUAUAUGUAUGGUACAAUUUAGUAAACCCUACCUUUAUAUCAGCUAUUGCAUUAAUCAAUGUUGCCAAUCAACGUUGAAAUAUUCAAACUUGAUUCUCAAAUUUAACAUUACAAUCUUUUUUUUUUUCUUUUUUUUUUUUAUAAAUAUCUGAAGCAUUUCCAAUUUUCGGAGUAUACUUGUGAACUAAAAUAUGAUUUCACUACAUAAAAUACCUCUGCAAUAUUACAUCAUUUAGUUUAAUAAUUGAGUCUGCUUCACUCUAAGGGCGAGAAACCCUGUCGUUAGCUACACAAUAAUGAGACGACUAAUACUCACUGAUCAAUUUUCGAUUAGCACAUUUUUAAGGGAGGUAAUAAUUACAGAGAAUUAUAAUUAAGCAUUGAACUGUUUUUGUAUGGUAUUUAUGAUCUAUUUGAAUGACACAGC